AGUUUGACCCAGCUCCUGAUGGCCUCCAUGGCGGUCACCGACGCCGUCAUCGGCCUGGUCAGCAUGCCCCUCGGCAUUUACGUCAUCGCGACGAACGGGAAGUGGGGGCUCGGAGACGACCUGUGCCAAGUUUGGAUCUGGCUGGAUAAGAUUCUCUGCACGGUGUCCAUCUAUCACGUGGUCUGCUUGUCCGGGGACAGGUACACGGCCGUGUGCCACCCCCUUAGGUACAGGUUUAUGCCCAAGAGGACGGUCUACUGUCUGAUCGCAGUUUGCUGGACCGUCCCGGUAACGAUGACCGUCCUCACGGUGGUCAGCGGAUGGCACCACUCAGGAGUCGAGGUUCUGGUCGAGUGCAUCAGACAAAGUGAAUCCUGUCAAGCGGUGUACAACACGCCAUUCCUUCUCAUCAUUUCCACCACGGAUUUCUACAUCCCUUUCACGGUCAUCUUUGUGGUAUAUUUUCUGGUGCUCAGAAAGAUCCAGGUGUUGCCUGGAACUUCCGUUACCAAAAAUAUUAGGCGUCGACUUUCCACCCUCGCGCCGGCCGUGUCCCUUAGAUCAUGGAAAUGUUUUACCCGGCUCAGACAUCUUCAUCAGGAGACCGAUUCUGACAGACAACGUUCAGAAGAAACUUCAAACCACAAUACCGCUGGCCCGAAUAUCAUCAACACUGAAUCGCUCGUAAUCGAAACAAGCUCACCAAUGUCAAGCACUUAUUCACCAGUGACAGACAUUUUCUCAACACUUAUCAAAACCGACUUACCAAAUGCAGCAGACGAGAACACAUUUUCGUUAGCUUUAGAAACCACAGAAGUCUUUUCUGUGGUAGACAUGAGCCGAUUACAGCCUGGACCAGAAGAUGCUACCGACUUGUACCUACACGAUGUGGUUGCAGAGAUACACACAAACGCGCACGCAUCGUCAGAGAGCAAUGUUAAACCACAUAGGUCAAGGACUAAAGCCUACAGAACCAUUGGAAUCAUUGUGCUGGGGUUUACUGUCUGCUGGCUGCCCUUCAGUAUAUUUAAUGUGGUAGCCAUCUAUACUGGCUACUCGCUACCACUGUGGAUCAUUUUGCUCUUCACAUGGAUGGGCUACGUCAAUUCGGCCCUGAAUCCCAUUUUCUUCUGUUUUAACAAGUCUGUGAGACAAGCG